CUUUACGAUCAAAAACCCUAGCUUGCCGUAUUAUACUUGCGUUGUCUUGCUCUUGCUUCCUUCACACAGUUGCUGCGCUUGUGCUUCAGGAGAACGUUCGCAUUAUCUUGAAUUAGAGGAGGAGCGGUACGUUUUCCCGUGAAGCCAUGGCGCUGAUCCUGUACCCUGGGAGGAACACAAGCAAAAAUGGUUAUAAGGCACUUAUUGCAGCAGAGUAUGUGGGUGUGCAACUUAAAGUGUCCGAAGAUUUUGAGAUGGGUGUCUCUAAUAAAACUCCUGAGUUUCUGAAGAUGAACCCUAUUGGCAAGGUUCCUGUUUUGGAAACCCCAGAUGGUCCGAUAUUUGAGAGCAAUGCAAUUGCACGCUAUGUUGCUCGCUUGAAGGCUGACAGUCCUCUAUUCGGAUGCUCUCCCAUUGAUUAUGGUCACAUCGAACAAUGGAUUGAUUUUUCUUCAUUGGAGAUUGAUGCUAAUCUUCGAAUUUGGUUCAUACCAAGAAUGGGAUAUACUCCAUACCUUGCCCCGGUUGAGGAGGCUGCAAUUUCUGCAUUGAAAAGAGCAUUGGGUGCUUUGAACACUCACCUUGCCUCAAAUACUUACCUGGUUGGUCAUUCUGUGACCCUGGCUGACAUCAUCAUGACAUGCAAUUUGUUUUUUGGUUUCAAUUGUCUCAUGACCAAGAGCUUCACCUCAGAGUUUCCUCAUGUUGAGAGAUACUUCUGGACCUUGGUCAACCAGCCAAAAUUCAAAAAAAUUUUAGGCGAGGUCAAGCAGACUGAAGCUGUUCCUCCUAUUCAAUCUGCAAAGAAGCCUUCUCAGACCAAAGAAUCGGCUAAACAGAAGGGAAAGGAUGAACCAAAGAAAGAGACCAAGAAAGAGGCUCCAAAAGCAGAAAAACCUGCAGAUGCAGAAGAGGAGGCGCCAAAGCCCAAACCCAAGAAUCCCCUUGACCUCCUUCCUCCAAGUAAGAUGAUAUUGGAUGAGUGGAAAAGACUCUACUCAAACACUAAAACCAACUUCCGUGAGGUUGCAAUCAAAGGAUUUUGGGACAUGUAUGAUCCUGAGGGAUACUCUCUUUGGUUCUGUGAUUACAAAUACAACAAUGAGAAUACUGUUUCCUUUGUGACCAUGAACAAGGUUGGUGGAUUUCUUCAGAGGAUGGAUCUGGCCCGCAAGUAUGCAUUUGGGAAGAUGCUUGUGAUCGGUUCAGAACCACCAUUCAAGGUGAAGGGAUUAUGGCUAUUCCGUGGGCAAGAAAUCCCCCAAUUUGUGAUUGAUGAGUGCUAUGACAUGGAGCUCUACGAAUGGACUAAGGUUGACAUAUCAGAUGAAGCUCAAAAGGAGCGUGUCAAUCAGAUGAUUGAAGAUUAUGAGCCUUUUGAGGGACAGCCUCUUCUGGAUGCCAAAUGCUUCAAGUGAACCACCAAUCCCUUGUUGAAAGGGUAUGUUUUUGUCAUGUUUCCUUGACUUUGGUAGAAUUAAUUAUUUCGUUUUCCAGUUAAAAGCGAAUCCUUGGCUGUACUUAGCUUGAGAAACAGUGUUAUUCAACUGCUUGAUAUUGCAAUUACUACAAUUUUGACUGCAGGGAUACAAUGAGGUUAACAAGAACUUAUAAAUUCUAAAUAUAAA